AACCAACUAAAAAUUUCAAUUUGAUCAAAAUGGACCAAGAAAAAGUAAUGGCCAUCGUAGGCUUGACCAAGAAGGAUAUUCUCAAUUUAACCAAGAGCAAGAGUCUUUCUGCUAAAUUCAUCACACUUGUCAAUGAAGUACAAAUUCCAUUGGAAAUCACAUCACCACAAUUCAACUAUCAAUGUGGUCCAUUAUUGGUCAAGCUAAUUCAAUCCACCUUGCCAGAAACUAGUGCCAAUAGAAAGACCGUUGCAACCUAUAUUGCCAAGGGAAAGCUCAAAAAUUCCCAACAAGUUGAAAAGGCUAUCAAGUAUGCUUCUACCAAGACCAAGUUUGAUGUUAAGGAAUUUGAAAAGGAAUGCGGAAUCUAAUUCACCUGAUACCAUUCAAAACAAUGCAAACAAUUUAUUUCCUUCGACUUGAUACUUCAAAACCCUCUCUCGUUGGUUACUAAAAUGAUGAGAGGAAGAGACAAUGAAAGCUUGAAAUUUUGAACUAUUUCGCAAUUCAGAUAAAGAUUUGUUAUUGAUUUAA